AGGAGGAGCGGCUGAGCGCUGUAGGGCUCUGAACAACAGAGUGCCGCGGCCGAGAGCCCAGCGACCGUUUGGCGUGACUUGGCAGUUGACGGGACCGCGGGACCCAGGAGCGUCCGUCAUGUUCUGCGAAAAAGCUAUGGAGCUUGUCCGCGAGUUACACCGCGCGCCGGAAGGGCAGCUGCCGGCCUUCAACGAGGAUGGACUCAGACAAGUUCUGGAGGAGAUGAAAGCUUUGUAUGAGCAAAACCAGUCUGAUGUGAAUGAAGCAAAGUCAGCUGGACGAGGUGAUUUGAUACCAACCAUCAAAUUUCGGCAUUGUUCUUUGUUAAGAAAUCGACGCUGCACUAUAGCAUACCUGUAUGACCGGUUGCUUCGGAUUAGAGCUCUAAGGUGGGAAUAUGGCAGUGUCUUGCCAAAUGCUUUACGAUUCCACAUGUCUGCUGAAGAAAUGGAGUGGUUCAACCAUUAUAAAAAGUCUCUUGCUACUUACAUGAGGUCACUGGGAGGAGAAGAAGGCUUGGACAUCACCCAGGAUGUGAAACCCCCCAAAAGCCUAUAUAUUGAAGUACGGUGUUUAAAAGACUAUGGAGAAUUUGAAGUUGAUGAUGGCACUUCAGUCCUGCUUAAAAAAAAUAGUCAGCACUUUUUGCCUCGGUGGAAGUGUGAGCAGUUAAUCCGACAAGGGGUUCUGGAGCACGUGCUGUCCUGACUGCACCCCAGGACGGUGACAGCAGGGACUUCAGGCUCGGCCAGGGGUGAAGCUAAGUCUGGCUCAUGGAAACAUCCUCACUGGACCUCCCCUCCUUCUUUGAUUUUAAAUUUACAGACAUGCUCUAAAGUUACCACGAAGGGCACCUCCAGGGUAGCUCAGUGGUAGAGCACUUGCUUAUCAUUUGAGAAACCCUGGGUUCCAUCCCUAGGACAACAAAAAUCAAAGAGCAGACUGUAGCCCAGGAGCACUUGGCUACGAGUCUAAGCUGACACCUGUUAAGCUUUGUUACAAGCUAUAUCUCUAGUUAUUCCAUUCCCACAGUAAACGCUGUACUUUUAUAAAUAAAAAUCAAGCCUUCAGUUUGAA